AUGCAAACUGAAACCUCAGUGGAAGUCACUGGAGUAGAACUGGCAUCAGAUUCAGAAUCUGGUCCUGAUUCCACUGUAAAUGAAUUAGAAGCAUUAAACUCAGAGAAGAUCACCGACUUUGAGAAGAAGGUGGCUAUGGGGCAUGCUGCGAAACCCCCGGCGGGAGCAGCGCCGUACCUGGAUAUUGGCGAGCUGCGCUCCCUCGCCUGCGACGCCCUCCUGCAGGAGAGCUUCUACCAGAAUAAGAAGCGGCCGUUCCUCUACCGCGAUCAGGACCACACGCCCGGCCCGUUCCUGACGCAGCUCGUCUCCACCCUCGCCGCAUUUCUGUGCGGUCGCAACCCGCUGCUGGCUGCUUCCUCCCUUGAUCUAAAACCUGAAGUUAACUAUUACUGGCAUCAUGGUGAGGAAGUUGUUGUUCACGGACAUCGGAAGGGUAGAGUUGAUCCUGUGCGAUUUCAGAUAGAUGAUCACCCACACCUCCAAAUCCGUGUGCCAAAGCAGCUUCCAGAGUUUGUGCCACUGGAGUCAGAUCUUGGAGAUGUUCCUGUAAUUGAUCACAAACCAUCCAAACUGCCCUUGUUCAAAAAGCAGUACGAAAACAAGGUAUUUAUAGGAUCAAAAGCAGCAGACCCAUGCUGUUAUGGACACACCCAGUUUCAUCUUAUUCCCGAUAAACUAAAACGAGAGAGGUUUGUAAGAGCAAAUCUUGAGGAUCAGAUUGAAGUUGUUUAUCGAGCUAAUGGUAUUGCAAGUCUCUUUGCCUGGACAGCAGCACAAGCAAUGUAUCAAGGAUUCUGGAGUGAAGCAGAUGUGACCCGUCCUUUUGUAUCGCAGGCAGUAGUGACUGAUGGAAAAUACUUUGCUUUCUUUUGUUACCAGCUAAAUACUUUAGCACUAACUGUAGAAACUAUUCAAAAUAACCCUCGGAAGAAUAUUUGUUGGGGUACAGACAGUAAGCCAUUGUAUGAUGUUGUGGAAGAUGGUAGUGUGAAAGGCUUUAACGAUGAAGUUCUGCUUCAGUUGGUUCGUUUUCUGUUAAAUAGGCCAAAAGAGUUGUAAAUCAUUAAGCAAUAAAGUAUUCCUGUUUAUGUGCCUGAACUUAAUUGUAACUCCAUGAAGUAUGGUCUAGAAUAUGCCUUGUUAUUAGUCAAGUAUUCGUCUGGCAAACACUAUAUCUUUUAUGAUAUUUGGGCCUUAUUUCUUUAUUUUAAAUGUAUCAUACUGUACACUGAAAAAUAAAUGUCUAGAAUACCUUAAUGUCUUUUGUA